AUGUCUUCUUCUCAGUCAUUAUACGGCAUACGUCGACAGAAAUCGGAAGCGUCCAAGAAAGACCUCGUAUCCUCUUCCACGCUUGCCUUCACCACCCACCUUUCCACUCUAAUAGCGAAGGAAUCCAAAGCUUCUAGCCCUGGUGCCGAGAGCGCAUCAGGAUCGACCAUUUCUCGUGGCCGAGCGAGGAAGUCCCAAAGGCCUGAUAUCUUCUCCGUACACAAUAAAGGCGCAAAGAAACGAGCAGCAGCAGAUCUAUCCAGCGAUAAUGCGGCACUUCAGAUCCACAAACGAGGCGCAGAUAUCGGCGAAGUUGACGAUGCGGUUCUUAAUCGGUCCAAGAGGAAAAUGCUAGAGAAGACAAAAUUAUAUGACGAGCUACAGAAGGGAGAAUACCUUGCUGAGGGAGAUAGUGAUAGCGACGAGGCUGGGCAACCUGACGACCGGUUCUCAUCUAUACGGCGAGCGGAUAAAAACAGCCUCGUUAACUUUGAUAAGAAAUGGGCAGAAAGCAGAGCAUCGAAAAUAGAUACCAAGGAUGAGAGUGAUGACGAAACUACGUUCGUUGAAUAUGAAGACGAAUUUGGCCGGACAAGAACAGGUACAAAGGCAGAGGCGGCGGAAGCUCAACGGAACCGACAGCUCCAACAGGAACGAUCUAAUAUGGAUGACGGAGGGGUUAAACGGAACAUGAAACCAAGCCGUGUCCCAGUGGCUGCUCGUCCAUCUCGGCCUUCCAAUGUCAUAUAUGGUUCGGCUAUACAAGCAGCUGCAUUCAACCCGGAUGAAAAUAUAACUGCCCAAAUGUCAAAUCUUGCAAAGAAACGAGAUAAAAGCCUGACACCGCCGCCCGAAACCCACUAUAAUGCUGAAGGAGAGGUUAGAACCCGUGGAACCGGAUUUUAUGCGUUUUCGAAUGACGAAGAAAUACGUAAGAAGGAAAUGGAAGAGCUUAUGGCUUCCAGAAGCGAGACGACAAUUGAAAGGAAUCAAGCAGCUAUGAAAAAAGAAGCGAGGGAGAAAGCAAAGCAAGAGAGAAGAAAGAAGAUUGAAGAGUUGAGAGGUAAAAAGAGGGCGGAUAAGUUUCUGGGCAGCCUGGACACUCUUCUGCCCUCCGGAGCUUCUUCUGAGGAGGCUAGUGGGAAAGCAGCGGAUUAG